AUGACCCGACACAGAGUUCACGUCCCACCGUUGGACAGCCCGUCCAAACAGCUUAUGCUCGACCUGACUCGAGACCUCGAGCAGGUAAAGCUCUUCAACACCGAGCUCAAAAAGGUCUAUGCCUACGAGCGCAAAACCUACUAUGAGAACCUCGACCGGAUCGACCGCGAGGUCGAGGCCGUACACACCACCGCCCUCGAUGAAGUCGCCGCUUUCCAUGACCGAAUCCGCGAGGAGGCCGAAGCUACCCUGAAAGAACACAACCGCGCAGAGGAGGAAGAGCGCCGCCGCAAGGAAGAAGAGGCUCGGAAAGAACGGGAACGCAUCGAACGCGAGAAGGCCGAGAAGGAUCGACGAGAGAAGGAAGAAGCUGCACGGCUCGAAGCCGAGCGCAAGGCCAAGGAGCAAGCUAAGAAGAAAGCUGAAGAAGAUGCUGAGCGUGCGCGGCGGGCCGUGCAGCAAGAAAAAGAACGCAAGGACCGUGAAGAAAAGGAGCGUGUUGAGGCUGAGAACCGCAAGCAAGAAGAAGAGGUCAAGAAGGCCCAGCAGGCGGCUCAGCAGGCGACAGAGCAACAGGCUCGAGCACAACAGCAGCAGAAGCUUGGUGCUGGUCGCCUCACAGCUCAAGAGGUCAGUGUGCAGGAGCGCUAUGUUGCACUUCACCAGACCCUCAAAGAAAUGCGGCAGAAUUUGCGCAACUUUGGCAAGGAAAACCCUGCCGUUAAGAAAGCAAUGGGUGACAUGCGGCGUUCAAUUAAGAAGUGUGUGGGUCAAUUGCGAGACGGCAAGGGAACCAACAAGAAGCAGAUCCAAGAUAUCAAAGUCGAGCUUCAAAAAGCUUCUGCCAUCCCUGAGCCAACAGUGGAUAUCCGCCAGUUCAUCGCUUUCCCUCCUCCUGAAAUCGCUGCCGAGGAGAACAAGGUCCCUGUCAUGCUAAUCUAUGGACUCAACAUUUUCGCCAAAUGCCUGGUCUCAGCUCUGAUCACCGAGGCAUCCAUCAACCCGGCCCACGCGGAGCCCAUUGGCAUCGUCGCCGCACAGAUCUUCUCCUUGGAUGCAUUCAUGUACAAGGGAAUCCACAUGUCCGACAUUCUAUGGGCCAAAUACCGGGUAGUCUGCCCAGCCCUUUGGGGAUUCACUGGCAGCGAAAAGACCGAAGCAGGCCGAAAGGCACUGGGCUGGUGGCGCGAAGAAGCCGGCGGUCCAUUUAUCAGCGAACAAGCUCACUUGGACCGUAUGACCGCCCUGGGCGCCGGGUUCUCAUCAUUGACCCUCCGCAAUUUUGGCAAAGCGCAGCGCCGAAAUCCUUUCCCCAACACCAUCUUCUGGACCUCGAUCCAGAAAAUCCUCUCCAUUUCUCCCGCCGAAAUGCAAGAUACCCAAGUCACUCUGCUGCAGUCUAUGCUUAAAUCUUCCGAGGAACGAGUCUUCACAUUCUUCGGCCAGUUUGGUCUGGUCAUCUUGCGGAAGGCUAUUGUCGAGUUACCUGCGGCCCUUCCGCGCAAGACUAUGCCCGUGACUCAGUUGAAGUUGCUGCAGGAGACCUACAUGCGGAGUAAGAAUGUCCUCAUCUGA